GUAAAUGAAAUAAAUCAGGCUUUGCUGGACAAAGCACGGUUUAAAUCGGCUUCGCGUUCAGAAAAUGCAAGGACCAAUCCCCGAAAACGGGCCCAGCUAUAGAGCCCAAGUAAAAUGAAUGACUUGCAACGAGAAGCACAAAAUUUCUUAGUGAUGUGAAUUUGCCAUUUAGGCGGUUCCAACUUGUGGUCAUACUUACAUGUAGUUUUUCUCUCAAGAAAUAAAAAAAGCAAUUAAAACCUAUAUUAAAUUUACAUAUUGUGCUAUCGCGUUGAACGUAAAGUAAAACCAAUAGCAAACAAGCAAUAAUCCCAUAAUCGUGCAAGUGAGUGUGUGCAGGCGAAAACCAAACCCAAACAGCCAGUAACUUAUAAAUACAACAAACACAACAACACUAUGAUGAAAAUGGACACGGACAAAAUAAUGGAUGAGACCAACUCCAAUGCCCAAGCUUUCACCACAACAAUGCUGUACGAUCCGGUGCGCAAGAAAGACUCAUCGCCCACAUAUCAGACAGAGCGGGAACUCUGCUUUCAAUAUUUCACACAGUGGAGCGAGUCGGGGCAGGUGGACUUUGUGGAGCAGCUGCUAUCGCGCAUGUGCCACUAUCAACACGGACAGAUCAAUGCGUAUCUGAAGCCAAUGCUACAGCGGGACUUUAUCACAUUGCUACCAAUCAAGGGUCUGGAUCACAUUGCCGAAAACAUUUUAUCGUAUGUGGAUGCCGAAUCGCUCAAAUCAGCCGAGCUGGUCUGCAAGGAAUGGCUGCGCGUCAUCUCCGAGGGUAUGUUGUGGAAGAAGCUCAUCGAACGGAAGGUCCGAACGGAUUCGUUGUGGCGGGGCCUGGCUGAGCGGCGCAAUUGGAUGCAGUAUCUAUUCAAGCCACGGCCAGGCCAGACCCAAAGGCCGCACUCAUUCCAUCGCGAGUUGUUCCCCAAAAUAAUGAACGACAUUGACAGCAUUGAGAAUAACUGGAGAACUGGCCGGCACAUGUUGCGACGGAUCAAUUGUCGAUCCGAGAACUCCAAGGGUGUCUAUUGCCUCCAGUACGAUGAUGGAAAGAUUGUGUCCGGCCUAAGGGAUAACACCAUCAAGAUCUGGGAUCGCACGGAUCUGCAGUGCGUCAAGACCCUCACUGGACACACUGGAUCGGUGCUAUGCCUGCAGUAUGACGACAAGGUGAUCAUCAGUGGCUCCAGCGAUUCGACGGUGCGCGUAUGGGACGUCAACACUGGGGAUAUGGUCAACACACUCAUUCAUCACUGCGAAGCGGUGCUACACUUGCGAUUCAACAAUGGCAUGAUGGUGACCUGCUCCAAGGAUCGAUCCAUUGCCGUGUGGGACAUGACCUCCCCCAGCGAGAUAACAUUGCGUCGGGUACUCGUCGGCCAUCGGGCCGCCGUCAAUGUGGUGGACUUUGAUGAGAAGUAUAUUGUGUCUGCCAGCGGGGAUCGCACCAUCAAGGUGUGGUCCACUUCCAGCUGUGAAUUCGUGCGCACUUUGAAUGGCCACAAGCGUGGCAUUGCCUGCCUGCAAUAUAGAGAUCGUUUGGUUGUAAGCGGCAGCUCAGAUAAUUCCAUUAGACUCUGGGACAUUGAAUGCGGCGCUUGCCUGCGGGUCCUCGAGGGCCACGAGGAGCUUGUCCGUUGCAUCCGUUUCGAUACGAAACGCAUUGUCAGCGGUGCCUAUGAUGGAAAGAUCAAGGUGUGGGAUCUGGUGGCUGCCCUGGAUCCGAGAGCUGCCUCCAACACUCUUUGUCUAAACACACUUGUGGAACACACUGGUCGCGUCUUUCGGUUACAAUUCGACGAGUUCCAAAUUGUCAGCAGCUCGCACGAUGAUACAAUUUUGAUUUGGGACUUUCUAAACUUCACACCCAAUGAGAAUAAGACCGGCCGAACGCCGUCACCGGCCCUUAUGGAACAUUAACAGUAUGUUAAUCGGCAUUGGCGCGAGGAUCAUCUACUGUCGUCGGGUGACGAUGACGACGGGGACGAGUACGAUGGAUAUGAUACGGAUGAGCAGAUGCAUUUGGAAGCGAGGAGGAGAAAUCGAUGGAAUAGAGAUCCCGACGAUACAGACUCGGACCCUGAUUUCGAUCCCGAUAUAGAUCUGGAGAAUUAUGAAUACGAUAUAGAUAUUGAAAACUUUGAUGAUUACGAUGAAUGAAUGAAUGAUAAUUAGCCAGCAGAAAAAAAAAACAGAGUACAGCAUUGAGAGACUCAAUUGUCUAUCUGAGAAUAUGUAAUGCUGAAACCCCAAAUACAGCGAUCUCCGAAAGUCUAUUUACACGCAUACAUAAAUCACACACACAACACACUACACACACACCCACGCAUAAUAUGAAUUAAAUGAAGUUAUAAAAGGAAAAAGUAUAAAAAGCAACCACAAUAAAUCCAAAAGGAGUAUACAAAUACAAAUACAAAAUAUUUAUACAUAUAUAUAUAUAAAGAUAUUUUUGCAAAACUGGCUGUAAGGUUUGUAAUGUACGAAUGUAACAUGGAACGAAACGGAACGGAACGGAACGGAAUAAUAUGUAUUAGUGACUUAGGCGCUGUAAGACACAUUUGAGGGUCAGUCUUUAUAGUAUACAUACAUACAUAUAUAUAUAUAUAUUGUGCAUUGGAUCGGUGCAUCGAUCGGCAUCGAGAUCCGUGUUAAUUUAAGUGUUUAUUUAGCUCAAAUACACAAAUAGUUGCAUUGCGCUCUGGCAGCUAUACUAUUAGCCAGCCCGAGGGCACGCACACGCGGAACGGCCUUAAGGAAAUUGGGAAAAACUGUGUACUCGAAUGGAUCUUCGAUACACAGAAGGAAUCUGCAGACCGAACAGAGGAAUUAGUCCUUAGAUUUAAUGUUUAGUUAGUGUCGCUUCAUUUGAAUUGGCAAAACAUGCUUUUCCCUUGGUUUUUCGCAAAGCACAUUUGUGACUUAAAAAUAUACAUAUGUAUGCCUAUUGCCUAUUGUAAUUUUUUCUGUUAAAUGUAAAGUUAAAGUUAAGCUUAGUACUCCCAUUGGCAAAUAUUGUAAUCUAAUCUAAGUCUACUCAACAAUAUACCAUAUUUUAAACUCUUUGUGUGAGAGGAGACAUGAAAAGGUGUCUGGUAGUGUCCGUCUGCAUUCGGUGGAAUACAACUAAAAAUGCAUAUGGAAUACACGAGAGGAAACUAAUUCUAUUAUACUGCAAUAUAUAUAACCGAUUCAUUGAUUGAUUGAUAUAUGAUAACUAUAGAUUAUAGCAAUAUACUGAUGUAUGUAGAAAAUAGAAAAUUUCCAGGUCGUUUCAUCAAUAUACCUACAAUAUACUAUACAUAUAUGAA